AUGCCUUCCACGUCCGUGGCCCUCACGCCGGGCCUGGCGUCUUUUCUCAAAUCCCUCAAUACGAAUCCGAUCGAUACCUCUAUCGAAAACCUGAUCUCAUUGCUGAAGCGCCGUCAAAUCCGCCAUUCUCGAUCAUGCGCCACCGCAACCGCCUACUUGCUUUUGCGAGUGGUUUCAGCAUGCCGUACAUCCGAUCCCGUGAAGCUCAUUGAGCGGGUACAGAGCGUGGGCAGGCGCCUGAUCGCUGCGCAGCCGCGGGAGAUGGUGGUGGGGAACAUUGUGCGACGAGUCCUCGGUCUCAUUCGCGAGGAGGCAGAGGGUGACCACGAUGCUGAGUUCGCACUUAGUGAAGCUGGGUCAGAGAGUCAGCCCCAGACCCCUCGAGGUUUUGACGAUUCCUCACUACCUUUGGACCGAGAUGUCCUGCGGCCCGAUGCGGAUAGAGCUGCCAGUCGACCUCCCCUCACAUCCAUGUUCAGUCUCCUUUCUCACCCGGUCGAAGAUGACUCCCAGCCGAGCACACCGGGCACUCAAUCGCCAAGAGGUCUUCCCGGCCACGGUCCUGCCAAAGAUGUGCGCGCAGAGGUGCUGGAGGGUAUCAAUGAGAUCACCGACGAGCUGGACCAAGUAGACGACCAGAUUUCGUCCUAUGCAUUGGAGCACAUCCACUCCAAUGAAAUUAUUCUCACGCAUACCUCUUCAACAACGGUGCAAAAGUUCUUGCUCAAGGCCGCGUCCAAGCGCAAGUUCACUGUUAUUCACGCCGAGUCCUUUCCCAACAAUCACGACGCUACACAUGCCACUGUCAGCGGUAAUUCCCCCGCCGACGAUGAAAACCUGAGCUUCGAAGCUUUCCAGAAGCCGCUGAUCGCCCUCGGCAUCACCGUCAUCCUCAUUCCAGACUCAGCAGUCUUUGCUCUUAUGUCUCGCGUCAACAAAGUCAUUCUGGGCACCCACUCCGUUCUUGCCAACGGCGGUCUCGUCGCCGCUGCUGGCACCCGGGUCAUUGCCCGCGCUGCCAAGGUUCAUCAGACCCCCGUCGUGGUCGUCAGCGGUGUCUAUAAACUGAGCCCCGUUUAUCCCUUUGACUUUGACUCGCUCAUCGAGUAUGGCGACGCCAGCAAGGUCCUUCCUUUCGAGGAUGGAGACCUCGUCGACCAGAUUGAUGUCCAAAAUCCCCUUUACGACUAUGUUCCUGCGGAACUGGUUGAUCUCUACAUCACCAACCUUGGCGGCCAUGCCCCGUCUUAUCUCUACCGUAUUGUGUCUGAUCACUACCGGAAGGAGGAUAUUAGCUUCUAA